ACCAAGUAGGACCGUAAACUCGAACCAAAACCCUUUAAACCCUAAUCCGACGUUGCCAUUCGAAAGCUUCUCGGAUCGAAGAGGAACGAGAGGGGGAGAGGGAAGUGGUUUAUCCUCCAAUCUUUUUUGAGGGCUUGGUCCGUGAUCAAUCGAAGGAGAGAGCGAGAUGAAGUCGGUAGUGGGGAUUGUGGUGUCGAAUAAGAUGCAGAAAUCAGUGGUGGUGGCGGUGGAUCGGCUGUUCCACCACAAGCUCUACAACCGCUACGUGAAGCGCACCAGCAAGUUCAUGGCCCACGAUGAGAACAACAACUGCAACAUCGGCGACCGAGUUAGGCUGGAUCCAUCGAGGCCACUGAGCAAACGAAAGCACUGGGUUGUUGCAGAGAUACUUCGAAGAGCUAAAAUCUAUGUUCCUCCGUCACCAACAGCUCCUGCUCCUGGUAGACCUGCAGAGGAUCCCAAAUCAGCUGAGACUAUUCCUUCAUCCUCCUAAUGCCUCACAAAUGGCAAGAGUAUUGCAGUUACUUUGUCAAUUGGCUAAAUGUUUGUCCCCAUCUAAUGGCUGGAAUCUUGUUCUUUUGUAUGUCACCACAGAUAAAUGUACCAUGAAGCAGAAACUUUUUUCUUUUGGUGUGUGUGUGUUAUAUUGUUCUUUA